CUAGGUGGGGAGUUCGAAUCCUACCUCUCGCACCUAUUUUUUGAAGCAAGGCUCAAUUUCUGAACGGUAAGAUUUCUUUUCUUCAUGUCUUAGUUUGGAGGAAAAUAGAUGAUUAGUACAGAAAGUUGCCGUGGAAGUUCAGUUCAUACAUCAACUUAUUCUGGCAUUUCCCGAACAUAUAUAUGGAUGAUGAGGAAAUGCAAGAGGAAUUUAGUGUGUUGACUAGACACCAUGUCAAGGCAAUACACCGCCAAUAUGUUCUUGUGAUCUAAAUUCAAAUGUACCAAUUUUAACUUUGGUAGUCACUUGGUCCUACUUUGCCUGAGGAAAAUUAUGCUUAUUUACCAAUACGACCCAACAAGUCCUCAUGAGAAACACGCAUGAGCAUUUUCCUGUUCAAGUAUGACUGGUAUAAACUGCUGUUUUGAAGAGCCCCUUUGCAACUGUUACUGAGAACGUGACUCCCAAGAUCGAGGCCAACGUUGAGCUGCUACAAAGGCUCAAAGACAGCAGAACUUAACGUGCCGACGGCUCCAAGUGGGGUGGAGGUUAACAGCAAAACCGGAGAGAACCCCGUCCGUGGGAAGGGCGAGGACAACUGGCAGCGCGGCGCGGCCGACGAGCUGACGGCAGUGUGCAACGGCGUGGAGGAGGUCUGAUGGCCGGAGGAGGGGAAGAGGGCAUGCAGAGAUGAGCAGCUGACCAGUGAACGACGACGCCCCGUCCAUGACAAGCCCGAUUUGGACUUGCUUUGCUGGUCAAUCCGUGUCCGGCUGUGCUGUGGAUCCGACUCUGGUCGAGGCCGCAAGCCCGAUUUCGACUUGUUUUGCUGGUCGAUGAUUCCAUAAAUUGAAGAGAGGGCCAGGCCAUGAUGUACGAGCAGCUCAGACAAGCGCUUUGCGUUCCUGAUUUUUAGUUGGCGAAACAGUAGCGGCUGGGCGAUCGUGAUCCUCGGGCCAGCAGUAGUAGAACCAUCCGCCUCCACACCGCCGGAAUCGAUGAAGCUUCUCCCGGCCGUCCUCGGCCUCGCCCUCCUCCUCCUCCUCCUGAAUCCCAAUGGCGUGGAGGCCCGGCCUGCGCCUACCGGCGGUCAUGAGAAGAAGCCGUCGAGCGCCACCUUCUUUGUCUUCGGGGAUGACUUCGCUGACAACGGGAACCUCCCUCUGACCGAACCCGUCACCGAGAUGUCGCGGCAAUGGGCUUACCCCUACGGCUCCAACUACGUCGAUGCCGAUGGGUUUCCGCGGCCGAAUACCCCGUCCGGCCGCUUCUCAAACUACAAGAUCCAGUCGGAUUUCAUCGCAACAAUGUUGGGGUUGGAGGAAGCCCCUCCAGCACAUGCCCGUACAGCGGAGAAAACUUGCGACCCGUCCGGCAUGACUUUUGCUACGGGUGGCGCAGUGGUGUUGGACAGUACAUCACAUGAGGUUCCCACCUUUACCAAGCAAGUCGAUACUUUCAAGAAGAUGGUCAAAGAUGGUACCAUCACGGAGAAACAAUUGACUCACUCUGUAGCGCUCGUGGCCUUCUCCGGCAAUGAUUAUGCAAGCACCGGCGUCAUGGGCCUAAGUAGCCUCAACGAUAUUAAUGCUUAUAUUGGGAAAGUGACAAAAGAGAUGGCUGCUAAUGUGGAGCAAUUGUUGAAGCUUGGGGUGACAAAGGUUCUUGUCAACAACUUGCAUCCUGUCGGUUGCACGCCAUCACAAACCCGAACUAACAACUACACUACGUGCGAUAUUUUUGAAAACUUGGGUGCUUCCAUCCAUAACAAUAACCUGAAACAAGUUAUGACAACAAAGAAGAAUGUCCACAUCGUCGAUUUGUACACCACAUUCAUUAAUAUUGUGGAUCAUGUGCCAGGUAAAGGCUCAGAGCUAUCGAAGCAAUUCAAGCGCAAACUAUCGCCGUGUUGCAAGAGUUUAGAUUCGAAGGGUUACUGUGGACAGCAAGGCGUGUUGUCCACAGAGCUUCUUUACGCCGUGUGCGACAAGUCCAAUAAAUUUUUCUAUUGGAACGACAUGCAUCCAACGCAUGCGGGAUGGGAGGCUGUCAUGAAACAAUUGGAAAAGCCCUUGAGGGAGUUUUUAGAUCAAGACUAGGUAGUCAGCUUUCAUAUGUCGUUGUAGCGCUUUUCAUCCAUGAUGACAAUAUUCUGAUUGUAUUUGUUUGAUAGUUUCAAGCGUUUCAAAGACUGUAUUUUCUGGAUUCCAGGAUGAAUAUUAUAUUGCA